AUGCAUCUCGUUCCAAAAGAACUCGAUAAGCUUGUCAUCUCGCAGCUUGGACUGCUCGCCCAACGACGACUGGCUCGAGGCGUGAAGCUCAACCAUACAGAAGCUUGCCUCAUCCGCGAUGGCAACCACACAGUCGCGGACCUCAUGUCCAUCGGCGCCACCAUGCUGGGCCGUCGCCACGUCCUGCCAUCCGUCUGCUCGACCCUCACCGAGAUCAUGGUCGAAGGCACGUUCCCGACCGGCACCUACCUCGUUACAGUACACCACCCCAUCGCCAGUGACGACGGCGAUCUCGCGAAGGCCUUGUACGGCAGCUUCCUGCCCAUUCCAGACCCGUCCGCAUUUGCGCUGCCCGAAGGCGUGGAGUACGCGGCAGAGAAGCAGCCGGGCGCGGUGGUGGUGGUGAAGGGCAAGGUGGUGCUGAAUGAGGGGAGGAAGAGAAUCCGGUUGAGGGUUACCAGUAAGGGCGAUAGGCCGAUACAGAUUGGUUCACACUAUCAUUUCAUCGAGACGAAUCCCCAACUGGAUUUCGAUCGCGCAAGAGCCUACGGGUACCGCCUCGAUAUCGCAGCUGGAACGUCCGUCCGUUUCGAGCCUGGCGAUACGAAGACUGUUAACUUGGUUGAGAUUGGUGGGAACAGAGUCAUUCGCGGCGGCAACCAUCUGGCCACGGGCAAAUUGGAUCUCUCGCGUGUCGAGGAUAUCGUAGAUAAGCUCCAACAAGGCGGGUUCGCGCAUAGCCCGGAGCCGAUGGGCGAUGCGGCGCAUAUCAGUGCGUUUGAGAUGGACAGGGCGGCUUAUGCGACGAUGUUUGGGCCGACGGUUGGGGAUACGGUUAGGCUGGGCUUUACGGAUCUUUGGGUCAAGGUUGAGAGAGACCUGACGUCCUACGGAGACGAGUGCAAAUUCGGAGGUGGUAAAACCCUCCGCGAGGGCAUGGGACAAGCUACUGGGGUUUCGGAUGAGGUCUCCCUCGAUUUGGUGAUUGUGAAUGCGUUGAUUGUGGAUUGGACCGGUAUCUACAAAGCUGAUAUCGGGGUCAAGGAUGGCUUCAUCGUAGGUAUUGGGAAGGCGGGAAAUCCGGAUGUGAUGGAGGGGGUCUCGCCGAAUAUGAUCGUUGGGUCUUGUACGGAUGUUAUUGCCGGGGAGGGCAAGAUCAUUACAGCGGGAGGGUUUGACUCGCACAUCCAUUUUAUCUGCCCUCAGCAGGCCAAUGAGGCUAUUGCUUCUGGUAUCACGACUAUGCUGGGUGGAGGGACUGGUCCAAGUGCUGGCACGAGUGCGACGACCUGUACUCCAGGCAAGAACUACAUGCGGCAAAUGCUCCAAGCAUGCGAUUCGUUGCCAGUCAAUUUGGGAAUCACUGGUAAAGGAAACGACAGUUCUCCCAUCGCUCUACGCGAGCAAGUCGUUGCAGGAGCUUGUGGCCUCAAACUCCACGAGGAUUGGGGCAGUACCCCCUCUGCUAUCGAUUCUUGCCUCACGGUCUGUGACGAGCUCGAUGUUCAGUGUCUCAUCCACACCGACACCCUCAACGAAUCCGGCUUCGUCGAAGCCACGAUCGCGGCCAUCAAGGACCGGACUAUUCACACUUACCAUACCGAAGGUGCUGGCGGCGGUCAUGCCCCAGAUAUCAUCAGCGUUGUCGAGCACGCCAACGUCCUCCCCUCGUCUACCAACCCCACGCGACCAUUUACUCGAAAUACACUCGACGAGCAUCUCGACAUGUUGAUGGUUUGCCACCACCUGUCCAAAAAUAUCCCCGAAGACGUUGCCUUCGCCGAAUCCCGUAUCCGCGCCGAAACCAUCGCGGCCGAGGACGUCUUGCAUGAUCUCGGUGCCAUCAGCAUGAUGUCCUCCGACUCGCAAGCCAUGGGCCGCUGCGGCGAAGUCAUCCUCCGCACCUGGAACACGGCGCACAAGAACAAGGUGCAGCGCGGCACCCUCAGAGAAGACGAAGGCACUGGCGCAGACAACUUCAGAGUCAAGCGCUAUGUAAGCAAGUACACUGUCAAUCCCGCUAUUGCCCAAGGUAUGGGCCACAUCAUUGGCAGUGUUGAGGUUGGCAAGCUGGCAGAUCUUGUAGUGUGGGAUCCGGCCUGGUUUGGAACGAAGCCGACGACUGUUGUUAAGAGUGGGAUGAUCGCUUAUGCUCAGAUGGGCGACCCCAACGCGUCCAUCCCAACCGUCGAGCCCAUCAUAGCUCGCCCCAUGUUCGCCCCGCUCGUACCUUCCACCUCCGUCCUCUUCGUCUCCCAGUCCUCCAUCCAAACCGGUACCAUCGCUUCCUACGACCUCAAGAAACGCAUCGAGCCCGUCAGGAACUGCAGGAAGAUUGGCAAGAGCGACAUGAAGUACAACGAUGUGAUGCCGAAGAUGAAGGUGGAUCCGGAGAAUUACCGGGUCGAGGCUGAUGGCGUGCAUGCUACGUGUGAGCCGGCGGAGAGGUUGCCGUUGGCGCAGGUUGCGUUUGUCUACUAA